ACACAAGAAGAGAGCAACAAGUACAUCAGGAGCUUUGAAGAGCUGAAACUACAGACGACACCAUGUGGUUCAACACGCUGUCCUUCCUGCUGAUCCUUUCAUGUCUCUGCCUCGCCCUGACACAAACGACCUAUGAAGACUGCUGUUUUAAGUAUGUGAAAAGAAUGAACCACCGUACUCAAAGACAUGCAGUGAAGUACAGACUGCAGGUGACAGACGGAGGCUGCAACAUCCCUGCUGUAAUCUUCACCAUGAAGAGGGGGCGUGAUCUUUGCACAGACCCCAGAGAGGAUUGGGUCGCAGAGCUGAAGAAGAAGAUCGACGCAAAGGCAGAGAAGAAGGUCGACGCAAGGUCAGGCAACACUGGCCACAGGAAAUUCAAGAAGAGCCCCGACGGUCGUAGAAGCUGAGGGUGACCGCCCCGGGCAUCUCUCCUCCAUCUGCCAAACCUUAUCAUGAAGCAACAUGUAACUGUGUUUUAUGGAGGUUUUUACGAUGCCUUACUGGAAGGUAGUCGAGGAUGCUGGCCAAGGAAAUCUUGUAGCAUUACUUUUGCUUUCACUCUGCACUAAGAUAAAGGUCAAAGCUUGGGUAGAAUCGCAGCAGCACUUUGUUGCUCAGGGAUGGACUGCUGAUGCCGACUGGCCACCACACACAUAUACAUGUCUUCAAUAGCAUGGCUGCUUCAGUGACAAUAUCUGUGACUGUUUUCAUGAGGUAUUCAAUAAGCUUAAUUAAUGGUGACGGAGUGUAAAUGAUAAUAACAUGUGAUAUUUAGAGUAUUUCUUGCAUUAUGUGUCCAACUACUUGUUUAUAUGCAAACACAAAUUGUUAAAUGUAAAUGCCUUUCUGAAAUGUGUGUCAUAGAAAAAGAGAAAUUCUUGUCUUAAUUUCGUCCAACCAGUUUAAACGUCUGUCUUUUCGUACAUUUUGUGUACAGGUUUUAUUAUGUGUUCCCAUAAAAGCAUGAUUAAUAAACUUGCUUAUCACCUCCCA